AUGCCAAUAGCAUCGAUUUCUGGCUUGCAUUCUUCUUCAAGCAGCGGCUCCGUUGGCCCUGCGCUAUCGUUUCAUGGUUCGAGUACUAGCCCUGCGUCAUAUUCUUCGAACGGUGACUCCACGUCUUCACAUGAAUCUGAUUCAUCGACCUACGCAUCAAGCGAAAACCCACCGUGGAGGAAACUCUCGGAAUAUGGAAAUUUUGAUGAAUCCGAGCCGCAUAUAGGAUUCAUCAACCUAGAGCGAUUCCUCCUCGUAUUGGACGCAAUGGGCAACUUGGGCGUGGAAGGUUAUACCAAUUACGAUUGGGUAUCCUACGCAUUCUUCCGAGCGGCACAGUUUUGGGACGAACGACUAUUAUACCGAAACGGGGAAGUUAUCCUGAUGAGGUUUCUUGGAGCUAUUCCAAGCAACUGCAAGGGAAUCACCACACUAGAGAGGGUUGAAAAUGCGUUUGUUGAAACGUCUUUGGAGUGCGGGGACCAGUAUCCAGUCUGGGAAGGCGCAUAUUAUUAUGAGGAGCAGUCGAGCCAGUCCGACGAACAGUAAUUCCGCUGGAGGUCGCAAGUUCGAGGGUAAAUCUAGAGCUGCCUUUCGAAUGGAAACGCGUUGGAUGUCAUUGUUGGUGUGCCACAGCCUCAAGGAAGUGCCUUAUUACUCUGCAUGAGAUGAAAUAGAGGUUUGGCUAUUGUUGCUGUCCGUUUCAGUUGUCGGACGUCCCCCCGAGGUCUUCAGUAGAUCCGCAGAGCUUUGGAAAGUCUUCAUUCUCUAUGUCCUCGUCUAGUCAACUAAAGUGC